AGGACAUACUAAAGGAUGUCGUAAAGGAGUGUAGAUUUACAUCAGCGACACGACAGAAAGAAAAUGUCUGCUCAGUUCUUCACCUAUUAAGCUCACUCAGUGGAUGUCUAAACCGCCUGCAAGAUGACAAGUGUUUUCCGGACCAAGCAAAAAGGAUUCUCCCUGAGAUUGUUAAUGAUAUCAAAACAUGGAUUGGGAAGUUCUCUGGAAAGGAUUUUCAGCUUGAGGACUGGACCAAACUGAUGGAGAUUCCACUACCGAAUAUGUGGCUUGAGCGUUGGGAGAAUGACCUGACCGUGCCGUUUAAAGAAAUGUUACAAAAAGCUGAUGAUGUCAAAAUUGUUGAGACCUAUGCAAAGACAUCAGGGAAAUUCCCAAAAUCAAUGUGUGACUGUUUGACAAGGCGCAUCACCGAAGCUAUUAGAAAUCUCUAUGGCAAGAGAAAAGCUUUCCGCAAGAGUUUCUCCAUAGACGUCACUGGGAAUCUUAUUAAAAUGGUGUCAACCAGCAAAAAAUGCAGCGAGUUGAUGAGUUUGAUCAUUGAAAACAUACUUGUGGACAUACAAUUACAUCCUAAUGGCUACACAUAUUUACUCUUUGAUGGCCAAAUUACUGGGAUCUUUAGAACUCUGGCAUCAAAAGAGAUGGAAGGCUUUCAUCUUUCAGCAAAUGCCCAAUUACUGAUCAAUAAUAUUCACACCUUCCUAGAGAAGCUACCAGAACACAUCCUCAGCAAAUCAAUGUCCUGCAAAGAAAUGUCAUGUAUAUUAAAUAGGACAACAGAACCCAACACGUAUACCAUACUCAUGGGGCAAACCAUGGAAUACCGUAACGCGUUGUGUGAAGCAAAGAAAAUGUUUGAAUAUUUGGGGAGGGGUCAGAGAGAAAUGAGGGCACUCAACAAACUAUGCCAGGGCUCCAAGGUGAACACCCAUUCAUUGAAAUCAGCAAUGAAAUUGAACUUCCCCACUGAGGAGCGCUCUAUGAAAUCCAUUCUGGAAAUGUUCUCCCCAAAGUCUCAAUCAGGAGAAAGCACAGAGUUGGGCAGCAUUCCAAUGUUUGAAAAUAUUUGCUCUCUAUCUGAAAGCUCAUAUUUCAGAACUAUCUGGCGGCAGAUAGCAAAUGAUGUCCAGUCAUGCGAGUUCAGAGAUAUCUAUGACACAGUCUAUAAGCCAGCUAUAAGGGAAUAUGAACACACCUUUAAGGAACUGAUGGACCUCUCAAUGACUCUUGAAGACCUGCAGCAGAAAAUGGGAUCUUUCAUGAGAAAUGGUUCUCUGACAAAGGAACUGAACAUUAUGGACACAGUGUUUGGUAAAACUGCAAAAGAAGAAUGGGUUCAUGAAACACAGGAACACAUUAAACGAUACAAUGACCUUCGCUCUGCAGUGAAAAAUGCCAAAGUUAUCAAUGACAUCAGAAAUAGUCUUAGACUAAGUGGAGAUUUCUGUGAAAUUGGAAAACUUAAGGUAAUGACUGAUAACUGUUUGCAUGAUAUGACAUCAGAGAUGCAGAAGGUAGGGGAAACGGUGAAGAAGCUUCCACAAAUUGUAAUUGACUUCCUUGAAGAACUUAACACUUGUGUUGAGAAACAAUUCAUAUCUUGGAUCAAAGAGAUCAUUAAAGACACCGGAGAACUGACUGCAUUUGUGGAGUUGGCAUCAAUUUCUGCUGGAGAAAAUGCCAUGGAUAUUGACAAAGUGUGUUACUUCAGAGAUGCCAUUUCUGCUGCUGCACCCCUUAUUUAUGGAUUGAGUGACAAGGCUGGGUUCACAGAGUUAAGGGAUGCUAUUAGAGAGGUUCAAUUGGACCUCAAGAGAGACCCAAAACUUACAGAAAAGCUGAGAGACUCGUGCAAAAAUAAAGACUGGCUUGAGAUAGCUUAUGAGACACAUGGCUCUGUGGAAAGAUCUUCUUUACGUCAGGCCACAGAUAUAAAUGGAACUGGAAUCUACACAAUUAGACGGCCCCAGGGACAAACAAUGGUGACAUUGGAAAAUUGCAUUUCACUGAAAUGUGAAGAAGUGUCCACAGAUGGAAAACCAAACUACAGGUCUUAUAGCCUGACUGAGCUUAAGGAGCUUCAGAACAAGUUAUUGCUGAUCACAACCACUGAUGACAGCAGAGAAGAUGGAAUCACUUAUUAUGUGGAGGUCUUGGAGCACAUUAUCAAUGUUGGAAGAUCAUUCCUUCGACUCUGUGAUGCUGGUCAUAUUCUCUUCACGGACUGGGAGAUGGAAGCCUAUUGUGAACAAGACCGUACAUUUAAAAUCUGGAUGAAUUUUGGAGUCACAAAUGUGGAAAUCAAAGGUCAAAGACCUCUGCUGGAAGAGCUUAAAGGGCUCUGUGAAAGCAUGCAGUGCUGCCUCUCAGAGUGGUUAAAGUAUGUUGAAACAAAAAGAAAUAAAUAUCAUGCCCUGAAUUAUUUUACAGCGAAGCAGUUAGUGAAUCUGUGCUGUUCCGUGGCAAAAGUACAACACCAAGACCAACAAAUUAGUGCAGAUCUUCUCAACAUGCUGUCCAUCCUAAAGGAGAAUAUCACUGAUGACGAUGUGAAGGAAGCCCUGACCAAGGCACUUCAGACCCCUGUUGAGCACAGUGGAUCGCAAGGCUCUGUCCAACUCAGAAAAUUCCUCAACAUAUACCCAGAUCACAUAGAGUACUGUAAGGAAAGUGGCUACACAGAGGAAGAGAUCCAAGCAGCAAUAAUGUUUUGUGAAGAGGAAGCAGAUGAAGAAGACACAGAUGCUGAAAACAUAGAAGAUUAUCGAUACCUUUUGAUGACGCAUAUGGAUCUGCAUCAGGAUGAUUCUGACUGGGUCCGGGAAUGGUCUGAAAAAUAUGAGAAAAGCAGAGAAUCCGUUCUUGAUAGUCAGAUGAAAUUCAAAGGAGGACAAUCUUCUGAUCAGGUGUCCUCUUUUUCCAUGACUGAGGAAGAAGUUUCAAAAAUGUUUGAAAAUCUCACUCGUUUGGACGAAAAGAUCGUCAUGCUCUGGAACACGUAUCGCAACAAACUCUCAGGGCUAGUGUCAGACAAAUUUGUGGACUUAGAUGUCCUCGGAGAAGCAAUGCACCAUGUUUUCAAUUCUGUAACAGCCACAGUACAAAGAAAACUACCAAUUGGUUUAGAACGUGGAAAACCAAACCUCAUUUCAUGUAAAGAUGAUGAGAUGGUGCCACUUUGCCUCUCAAUGUACAAAGAUGAUGAUCAGCCACUGCCCAGCUUUGAUGAGAUCCUGAUCUGUACCACUGACACCACAGCAGAAGAGGUCGAACUGAUGCUCCGCAGGGCUCUGCAGAGUCAGACUAGCGGCGGACACAUGAAGAUCUUCAGUUUCCUGAAUGCAGAAAAACUUAAUCAUGAAGUCUCCAGAAAACUGGAGUCCUUCUUCUACAAACUAUCUAAAACUCAAGAUAGUUCAGAACCAGGAAAGUACAUGUUGAUCAUUUUCUGUGAUAUAAAAGCGCAGCAUAGUUAUGUGGCUACUGCAUUUGACAACUACAAAAGAACACUACCUGAGACUCCAAAUCGCAACCAAGAGAUAAAGAAGUAUCUGAAGUGUCAACAUCAAAUGCACUCUGAGGAUGGGACCGAAUUUGAAAAAUUAGAUGCUUUUCGUAAUUUCCCAGAAAGGAUCAAACUUGUCUACUCAGACAAUGCUGGAAUGGGAAAGACACUUUAUGUCAAGAGCCUUGUGAAUGAGUCAAACAAGGAACUAGGAAAGAAAGGUUUCACCCAUAAAACCAUUCGGCUCAGUGAGUCACAGCUGAGUCCAGAGCACAUCAUCAAGCAGUUCCAAUCUUACCAGGACAAACCCACUGACAAGACACCAAGGAUCUUUCACUUUGAUAUGCCCCCAGUUGUAUCCAAGGGUCUCUACUCAUUCCUUCUCCAACUGUUUGUACUGAGAUGCUUCCAGAGCCCAGAUGGAUCGUUCUGGAGGUGCAGCAACUCCCAUGUGUACUUAGUGGAGUACACAAGACGAACGAACAGAGACUGUGAUAGCCAUAACACUGAGAUUUCGGCCAAAAUGGAGGAGGCCUUUUUGGAAAUGUUUCCACAUGUAAAAUGUCUGUCACCAAUUGAAACACAGAAGCAUCUGUCUGAAGGAAGCAAUGAUGAUGAGGAAUGCCAGUUAAUGGAUGAAGGAGAGUUUGCCAGUGAAGCAUAUCAGCGGACCUAUCAGUACUUUAAAAGAUAUGAACAGAACCAGUUGGAGAAAUUCUCAUUCCAACCUGGUUCACCUGAAGGUUCCCCAAAGGAAUGGUUAGAGUGUUUGAUGCAUUACUGUGACAACAGAUCACCAUCAUGGGGAGAACUUAGAAACUUCACCCACUUUCUCAACAUGCAAUUAAAGAAGUGUGAGCAGUCAAUUUUUUGCGAUGACAUCUUCAGUCAAGAUCUGACUGGUUUCAAGACAUUUGUUGUCAAAUUCAUGAUAACAAUGUCAAAGGAUUUCUCAAUGCGGUCGCUUAUGACAGGUGAUGAAAGGAGUGAGAUGAACACUGAAGAAGAUUCUGUUCUGAAAGAAUUCCAACUUAGAAGACGUUGGGAACAACAAGCUCACCCCUAUAUCAUGUUCAAUGCUGACAACACAUCCAUGACAUUCCUGGGGUUCCACAUCCACAACUUGGAUGCUAUUGAUGCUCGCACCCACGAGAUUGUAGAGAAGAAAGUCAUUGACCGUGUGCUCUUUCAGCAGUUGAGGGCACAAAAGGUCCCAUUUAACAUAGAUUUUGAGAAGCUCAAACGGGUGGAUCAGCUUGAUAUUUUAAGCAGAGUUUUAGGUGUGAACAACAUCACAGAUCCAGAUGACACAUACCAACUGACACUUGACAACGUGAUGAAAAUCCUUGCUAUUCAUCUCCGGUUUGAGUCUGAUAUCCCAGUCAUCAUUAUGGGUGAAACAGGAUGUGGGAAGACACGGCUGGUGCAGUUCAUGUGUGAUCUACUGAGGUCUGGGAAACGGGGCCAAAACAUUAUUAUUGUCAGGGUACAUGGAGGAACAACAUCAGACAUGAUCCACAAAAAAGUUCAAGAGGCUGUGGAAAUAUCCAAACGCAAUGAGGCUCAAGACAUGGAUACUGUUCUUUUCUUUGACGAGGCGAACACAACAGAAGCCGUAAAUGCAAUCAAAGAAGUUAUCUGUGACAAAACAAUCAACGGAGAAUCCAUUGAUGCAUGUCGUCUAAAAAUCAUUGCUGCGUGCAAUCCCUAUAGAAAGCAUUCUCCAAAAGCCAUUGAACAGCUGGAGAAAGCUGGACUAGGCUACAGAGUUAAGAUGGAGAACACAGAAGAGAAGCUGGGAAAGAUUCCUAUGAGGCAGCUGGUCUACAGAGUUCAACCACUGCCUCCAAGUCUUGCACCACUAGUGUGGGACUUUGGAAAAUUGAAUGAGAAGACACAGGAGCUUUACAUUCAACAAAUGGUGAAGACGUUCUUCUGCAAAGAAGGCCUUCCAGAUACAUACGAGUCCUUGUUCACAAAAGUUAUUUCGGCUUCUCAGAAACACAUGGCAGAAUCAACUGAUGAAUGUAGAAUGGUCAGUCUGAGAGACAUUGAGCGCUGUAUGAAAACAGUUAAGUGGUUUUAUCAGCAAAAGAAUACAUUGUUUUCAGAAAUGAACAGACAUCUACAACAUGAUGGAAACACAGAUGCAUUGGUUCGAUCCCUGAUACUUGGAGUUGGGGUUUGCUACAUGGCAUCUUUAGAAAAUCGCAACGAAUACUUGACAAAACUUGAGGAAAUUGAAGAAAUUAAAGAAUUGUCCAUGUCCUCUCAGAAAAUGAGUGAUGAAAUCAAUGCAUGUAAACAAGUGUUCAUCGACCAUGUGGACUGUCCAUCAGAUGUGGCUAAAAAUGAUGCCCUGAAGGAGAAUGUGUUCAUGAUGGUUGUGUGCAUGAAUUUGAGAAUUCCAUUAUUCCUUGUUGGAAAACCUGGAAGUUCCAAAUCUUUGUCGAAGACAAUUGCUGCCCAUGCCAUGCAGGGUAAAAGCUCCCAAAAUGAGCUCUUCAAAGGAUUCAAACAAGCCCAGCUGGUCUCAUUUCAAUGCAGCCCCCACUCCACUCCUGAUGGAAUCAUCUCAAUAUUCAGACAGUGUGCACAGUUCCAGAAGGACAAGGACCUAAAUGAAUAUGUCUCUGUUGUGGUCCUUGAUGAAAUAGGAUUGGCAGAAGAUUCCCCAAAGAUGCCUUUAAAAACACUGCACCCUCUUUUGGAAUUUGGAUGCAUUGAUGACGAGAAGCCUGAAGAGUUCAAAAAAGUCGCGUUCAUUGGUAUUUCUAAUUGGUCGCUGGAUCCAGCCAAGAUGAACCGAGGAAUUUUGGUGCUAAGAACAUCUCCAAUGGCAGAGGAAUUAAAUAGCACUGCUCUUGCUAUAUGUCCCCGUGGUGAGGAAUACAUUCGAUCAGAAAUUGAGAUCCUGCUGUCUACACUCACUGAGUUUUACCAGAGUGUGCUUCAUGAUCAGAAAAAAUUCACCGAAUUUUUUGGACUCAGGGACUUUUACAGUCUUGUGAAACUGACUGUGUCGUAUGCACUGACGAAGAAUGAAAGACCAUCUACUGAGGAUCUGACUAAAGCUGUCCAGCGAAACUUUGGCGGAUUUGAUUCUGUUGACAUUCUGAAAAUCUUCUGGGAUGUUUUUGGCGAGAAACCUGAAGAAUGUGACACAAUUUCUUUACUGAGAGAAAAUCUGGAAGUAGAUGCAUCUGGUUUUACAUCCCGGUACCUUCUUCUACCAACAACAAAUCACGCUGCCCUGCAAAUUCUGAAACUACAGGGAAUUAUCCAUGAAGAUAACACAGAGGUGAUCUUUGGAUCAGGAUUUCCACAUGAUGAAGAAUAUUCCCAAGUCUGCCGCACUGUAAACAGAGUUAAGAUGUGCAUGGAAACAGGAAGGUCUGUGAUCCUGUUGAAUGUUCAGAGCCUUUACGAAAGCCUCUAUGAUGCCCUGAAUCAGUGCUAUGUCAAGUUGGGGGGGAGUUACUAUGUGGACCUGGGGCUUGGUUCACAUCGUGUGAAGUGCAGAGUGAAAGAUGAAUUCAGGCUAAUAGUAAUUGAGGAAAAACACACAGUUUAUGAGCAAUUCCCCACACCACUUCUAAACCGACUGGAAAAGCACUGUCUGGAAAUAAGUAACGUUCUCCCACCCCAUGCUAAACACAUGCAGAAAGAGCUGGAGGACUGGCUCGAGGCUCUUCUGAAAUCGGACGAUCAACGGCAGGAACCAGCAGACAUCACAAGGAAAAAACAUGAUGCCAUUGUAGGAUACACGGAGGACACCUGUGCGUCUGUGCUUUUGCAGUGUUGUCCCGACAUUGUGUCUCAGGAAUGGGAAAAUGGAGACAGAAAGGAAAUAAUUGAUCGAGCCAAGGAAAUGCUAAUACAGUGUGCAACUCCUGAUUCAUUGUUGAGGGCAUCAAGAAAUAGUUGGGGAGCUCAUGACAGUUUGCUAGACAUAUACUUUAUGAAGCAAUCUCACACCAACAUGAUUGAGAUGCUGAAGAAGUACAGAGAAUACAAUGCUGAUGAUGCAAGAGGACUUAAUCUGGAGGUGUCCACAUUUUCUCGUCUCCUGAACAAAAAAGACUUGGAGCAAAUUAACAACCAGCUUAACCUUCAAGAGGAUGACUCGUGCCUGUACUUGCUCAAUGAAUUCUACACAGAGCAGUCAUUUUCUGACACCUUGAGGGACUUCAUUGUAACUUAUACUGCAGCACGCAAGCUGGUGCUAUUGCAAUCUUAUUUUGAGUGUCCAAAACAAAGUCAGCGACUACUUUUUUGUGUCAGUCUCGCAUAG